AUGUAUCUUUAUUCCUACGGAGCAGCACUAAUGGAAGCUUGUCAGAGUCAUACACAGAACCCACUGCAAGUCGGGACAGAAAUCCAAUCCAGGUUUUUUGCUGCACAGGGCUGCAGUCAAAGCCCCUUUCAGACUGCCGCCACAGCAGCCCCUCCCCAACAGUCAGCCACCCCUGCUGAGUCCCUCCAAGUGGACCUCCUGCCUGUUUUGGCUGCUGCCCAGGAAACAGCAGCAGCUGCAGCUGUAGUUGCUGCCGCCACAGCUUCUGCACCAGCUGCCUCCACAGUAGACACAGCUGCCCUGAAACAGCAGCAGCCUUCAGCCUCUGAAGGUGGUGGGGGUCAGGUAGCACCAACCACGCAAACCACCCAAGCCCCAACUCCCCAGGCAGCUCCUGCCACACCACAGCAAGGUGAGGCUCAGAAGAAGCCGAAGAGCAAAGGCCCCUACAUCUGCUCCCUGUGUGCUAAAGAGUUCAAAAAUGGCUACAACCUGCGGCGCCAUGAAGCUAUUCACACGGGGGCCAAGGCUUCCCGUGCUGGACCUACGACCAUGAAGAUGCCCACUAUGGUUCCCCUCAGCUUGCUUAGUGUGUCGGCCAUCGGUGGGACAACCCCAGCAACUCCUGCCCCUGCUGAGGCAGGGAACACAACAGGGUCAGGCGCAGGGCUGGUGACCACUACAGCAUCAGGCAAACGCAUCCGGAAGAACCAUGCGUGCGAGAUGUGUGGGAAAGCCUUCCGGGACGUCUAUCACCUCAAUCGGCAUAAGCUGUCACACUCAGAUGAGAAGCCCUAUCAGUGUCCUGUCUGCCAGCAGCGGUUCAAACGGAAGGACCGCAUGAGCUAUCACGUUCGUUCACAUGAUGGUGCUGUGCACAAGCCGUACAUCUGCAGCCACUGUGGGAAGAGUUUCUCACGGCCGGACCAUUUGAAUAGCCAUGUGCGGCAAGUCCACUCAACAGAGAGGCCCUUCAAAUGUGAGAGAUGUGAAGCAGCCUUUGCCACCAAGGAUCGGCUGCGUGCUCACACAGUCCGUCACGAGGAGAAGGUGCCGUGUCAUGUGUGUGGAAAGAUGCUGAGCUCUGCCUACAUCACGGACCACAUGAAAGUACACAGCCAAGGGCCGAAUCAUGUGUGUGAACUGUGCAACAAAGGGUUCACCACAGCGGCCUACCUCAGGGUCCACGCGGUCAAGGACCACGGACUGGCCGCCCCGCGGCUGGAGCGUUUCCUUUGCAAGCUGUGUGGCGUGCACUGCAAGACCCCGGCUCAGCUCAACGGGCAUCUGCAGACGCACGCAGGAGAAGGGGCCGCGGCCACUGAGGGCCAACCGCUGCGGUGAAACGCUGGCCGGGCCACCAGGUACGGGUGAGGUCUGCCCCCUCGCGGCAGCCGUCUCGGCCCCACCUCCUGCUGCCGUCACGGUGCUGCCCA